GUUAGAGCGUGAGCUCUGUGUGAGGUCAGAUGUGACGCACAUGCAUAGGCGCUGUACUGUGAUCGCGCGGUCAGGCCUAGGUAUUGUGAUGGCUGUUUUCGGUGCAACAAUCACCGCGAGAUAGAUAUAAGCAUGGGACCAGGCUUGCUGUCUUCGAAUCAGCUUCGACACUGGGUCCGACUCUGAUUCUCACUAUUCAUCUUAUUAUCAAGCUCGUUGUAAACUCGCAGCCCUGUCCCUUGACGAUCUUUGUGAUCGGUACCAGAGUCGUCACUAAAAGCGGCCCGAGCAACACUGCCAGCCCCCACUCCAGCUUGCUUGAGCUCGGUCAUCCACCACCAGGCAUCACCACAGCAUAGGUAUCCCAAGCAGCUAUUGAGCGUCGCACAGGAGUUCUGCGCCCAUUGCGUCAUACAGAUUACCCCAUCCACCUGCAUUACUUAAGCAGACGCGUCUUCUGUCGUCGUCGCGUAACGCCCGCGCAAUACCGCCGCCAUGGAUCAGCUCCAAGGUCACAACCAGCAGAAGAUGCGCGCAGCACCGGCAGCCCCUAGGCGGUAUGACGGGCAGGCCGGAAAUCCUCUCUACGACCCUCAAAACGGAGGUCAUUAUGGCGCCUCUGCUGCUAUUGCCGCCCAAGGCCAUGCGCCCGAUCCACAGCUCUUCACUCAAUCGUGGCAGAACGUUAACCAGGGCUUGACGGGUAACUAUCGGGACAUCCUCAACACGUACUGGCAACAACAAGUCACGAAACUCGAGACGGACGAGCACGACUACAAGCUGCACCAGCUUCCACUUGCGCGCAUCAAGAAAGUCAUGAAGGCAGACCCAGACGUCAAGAUGAUCUCGGCCGAAGCGCCCAUCUUGUUUGCGAAGGGCUGCGACAUCUUCAUCACGGAGCUUACCAUGCGCGCCUGGAUACACGCCGAGGAGAACAAGCGCCGCACACUGCAGCGCUCCGACAUUGCGUCCGCCCUGUCGAAGUCUGAUAUGUUCGACUUCCUCAUCGACAUUGUCCCUCGAGAGGAGGCGCAUCCUCAUAAGAGAGGUGCCGCAGGAACUACGGCCGUACAGUCGUCCGCUGCACAGGUCCCUCCGGGCGGCAUGCAACAGCAAGUGCACGCACAGCACCAAAUGCCUCCGCCAGAUUAUGGUAUGGGGCAGCAUAUGCAGCCGCAGGAGGACUUCCGUCAGCCGAACAUGUAUGCAGGCGCCGUUCAGGCCGACCCCAACGCGUACGGUCAGCAGCACAUGUUCGAUCAAGGGGUGUACGGCGGUUACCCCAUGCAGCAGCCAAUGUACCCCGUUGGCCAGCGAGGACCUGACCCUGCUGGAGCGGGCGACCACCAAGGCUACCGUGGUGACGCUGAAGCAGACGCUGAUGCUGAGGGCGAGAGGGAAGACUUUGGUCCCUAGCUGGGGCCUCGGGGUGGCCAAUAGAUUGCGAGCAUGGAGCAUUCAUAGAUGCGAGUCUUCAGGAAUGCGCUUUAGGCAAUUCGGUGAUCGGACAAUGCUUGUCCACAUUUGGCGUUCUCGUGCGGCUCUUGUUGCGGCAUACGGCUUGGUAGUCGCACGGCGUUUGGGAGCUAUGGGUCUGGCAUUGGCACGGCCGCGGAUGGCCUUACGGGAGGCUGGCGUUUUCACAAACACACAAAAUGAGCAACCUGCGCACUCUUGCCUGUCUCACGUGC